AUGGUUUCUCAAACUGUCAACCACUCUCAAAGCUGCUGGAUUUCAUCAAUCAUUGUUAGACUACUCAUUGUUCGUCUGAAAUCGUCAAGCAACAACUUGCAGGACAUUGAGGACACUAAGCAAUUUCUUUCUAAGAGAUUUAAGCUUAAAAACUUGGGUCAGCUUAAAUAUUUCUUGGGGAUAGAGGUUGCAAGGUCAAAACAUGGUAUUACUUUGUGUCAACGAAAAUAUGCGUUGGAAAUAUUGGAUGAUGCCGGGUUCCUAGGUGCUAAACCUUCACGGUUUCCUAUGGAACAAAAUUUGUCACUGACACAGACAAAUGGGAGGCUACUGAAUGAUCCAUCUUCAUACAGAAGGCUUGUAGGUAGCUUAAUUUAUUUGACCAUCACAAGGCCUGAUCUAGUUUAUGCAGUUCAUAUAUUGAGUCAAUUCAUGGAUAAACCCGGUAGCCACACCUUGAAGCAGCACAUAAGGUUCUUAGAUACAUCAAGCAAACACUUGGGCAAGGAAUUCUCUUACCCUCCACAGGUUCAUUACAAUUACGGGCAUUUUGUGAUGUCGAUUAGGCUCGAUGUGCCGAUACAAGAAGGUCGAUGA